AUGAGAAUUUUCCCAAACACCUUCUUCACCAAAGCCCGCAACGUCAUAGGCUUCGGCCUCGCUUCCACAGCCGCCGCCGCAGUCGUGGCUUCCUCCGUGUCUUCUUCUCCUUCAUCUUCUCCCUCAUUCACUUCCACUUCUACCUCUUCUUCCGAUGCUGACGAUACUUCAUCCUCCGACGUGGAAAUCGUCCACCGGAAAAUACUGAAAACGAAGCUUUGCAUUAUCGGCAGCGGGCCGGCGGCACACACUGCCGCUAUAUACGCCGCGCGAGCGGAGCUGAAGCCAGUCCUAUUCGAAGGCUGGAUGGCAAACGGCGUCGCUCCCGGAGGCCAGCUCACCACCACUACUGACGUUGAGAACUUUCCGGGAUUCCCGGCCGGCAUUCUUGGCGCCGAGCUCAUGGACCGUUUCCGUCAGCAGUCGCAGCGCUUUGGCGCAGAGGUCGUUACGGAGACUGUGACGACGGUUGACUUCUCCGAACGGCCGCUUAGGGUUUUCACUGACUCCAUCACCGUGGAAGCUGAAUCCGUCAUCGUCGCCACCGGCGCCGUUGCUAAGCGGCUGAAUUUCGACGGCGCGGGUGACGGCCCGGGCGGGUUCUGGAACCGCGGGAUAUCGGCGUGCGCCGUGUGUGACGGUGCCGCGCCGAUAUUCCGUGGCAGGCCUCUGGCGGUGAUCGGUGGCGGCGAUUCUGCCAUGGAGGAAGCUAGCUUCCUUUCCAAGUUUGGUUCCAAGGUGUAUAUAAUUCAUAGGAGGGACAAGUUUAAGGCUUCUAAGAUCAUGCAGAGGAAGCUGAUGAAUAAUCCCAAAAUUGAGGUAUUGUGGAAUUCAGUGGUGGUUGGGGCUUAUGGGGAUAAUAAGGGUAAGGUUCUUGGAGGGGUUAAAGUGAAGAAUGUGGUGACUGGAGUUGUGUCUGAUUUGAAGGUUUCUGGUUUGUUCUUUGCAAUUGGGCAUGAGCCUGCCACUAAAUUCUUGGAUGGUCAACUUGAAUUAGACCCUGAUGGGUACGUUGUGACCAAACCUGGCACCACAAAGACCAGUGUUGAUGGAGUUUUUGCUGCAGGUGAUGUCCAGGAUAAGAGGUAUAGACAAGCUAUUACCGCAGCUGGCACUGGGUGUAUGGCAGCCUUGGAUGCAGAACAUUACCUGCAAGGCACUGGUUUACAAGAUGGUAAGAGUGUUUGA